AUGGCUCGCCCAGCCACCUCUUUCUCGCCUUUCGUGCAAGACAUACGACCGUCACCCGAGAAAUAUUCAACACCAUCGCCACAACUCGACGACACAGUGGCCACAGAUCAACCCGCAUACCACAGGCAAAUCCUCUCGCUACAGCCGGAGCAGCAACCUGCCAUGGCUUCGCCAAUUCCGCCGCUGCGCGCAGAACAGCAAGUGUUCAGGUCCGGCUACCAAGGCCAGUAUGCUGCGCAGGUCGCCGCACCGUGGCUUGAACACAUGGACCCCGCAUUGAACUCACAGAGUCACAACUCUCCCCUCGAUAGGCAUGAGUAUGGGCCCGAGGAUCAGUACAUCUUUACUGAACAGCAUGCCGCGCUUGACUACGGCUUACCUGCUGACUAUCGCACCGCGGCCGAGCCCUUUCUCACAUAUGCCUCUGUCCAGGACCAGGGUCAGCUCAGCGUUGAGCCGGUUAGGGCUCUGAUUGGCAACGGUAUGCCUACGGUACAACAGCAAAUCGGGCUGAAGUUCGCGAUGACGGAGCCUCUUGAGGUGAUUCUCCCAACCGAUGAGGAACUGGCUCAGGAUGUAGAUGCCGAGGGUGAGACAGAGGACGAAGAAGACGCUGAGGUGGGCAAGAACAGUACUGCUACGGAAGUACCUUGCAGUGACCCUGGUUAUCACAGCCAGACCGAAGAGCAGCAACCUGCGCAACCUCAGCAGAAACUCUAUAUCCGCUUCUCGGCCAGAAAGAAGCAGGUGGAGGAAGACGCAGAAAGCAAGAAGGGUGACACAAACACACUUGAAAAUGAGCGGAAGCGACCAAGCACAACGUCCAUUGAGGAGUUGACAAACGAGAUUGUAGGCGGCGCUUCACACAAGAGGACAAGGUUCGAGCGCGGACCCACCGAGCCGAAGAUUUCGUCGUCGCCAGCACCAGCAACCAAGGGCAAACAGAAGAGGCAAAGCGAAACGUCUGUUGAGCAUUUGAGAAACGAGCAUGUGGAAGGCGGUCCGCGGAAGGGUGCGCGGAAGGACUCGUCGCUGUCUUCACCGUUGACCGAGCCAGAGGCUGACCAUCCUUUGAUGCAAAAUACUCAGCAAGGUGGCCGUAUCCUUUCCAUGCAAGAGCAGUACGCUUCUUCUCCUCCUUUGCCCACAACUGACAUUGCUCCGCCGCCACCGCAUCGCUUCAGCGCAGAGAUUCCGGAAUACAUCAUCGAGCUCUUUGAAGGUCUGGAAGGUCAAGAUUACCAGGUUCUCCCAGAUAUCGAAGAUCGAAACGGCAAGGUCCUACCAUGGACAGCUGAGCGGCUCACGCUUCUCUAUAUCCACAGCUACACCCAGGACAACAUUGAGCUUUGUGAUCUCAUUACCGAUGUGUGGAUCCGCGCCUUUCAGGAACGCAACCGCACCAUGGGUCUUCCUCCCAUGUGGCGCCCAAACAAACAUCACUCAGGGCGCGAUCUUACUAGGGACAAGGAUGGUUAUAUGAAGGAAUAUGGUCAAGUCGGCCUGCCUGACGUGCCGAGAUGGCAGCAGGAGCUCGACUUGCCCACCCUCGGUAAAGACGUUACGAAGUUCAUACCGCGGCUCCUCAACCAGCUCUAUGACCAAACGGCGGAGAGUAACGGCGCACGUAUGCUCUGGGCGGACGCGAUCGCGCUGUGUGGUACUACAGCUGAAGAUUUCUUCACUGAAUGCAAGAAGCAGAAGAUUGAGGUCCAUGAGGGCCUGAUCCACAACGUCAUGUGCACAUCCCUCCGUGGGCUCCGGCGCAAUUUGACUCUGAAGAUCGAGGAGGUGAACAAGGACUCUUGGUGCCGGCGGUAUCACCUACACUCCAAGUGGGGCAUGGAGUGCCAUCGAUCGAAGGGAAAGAAGGACAAGGAGGAGAAGCAGGCAGCUCAGUCGCCGACACACACUGCUGGUGGAGAUGGAGAGAUGCUCGCUGUGCAAGACGAUUUGAACGCAGCGAUGCUGCAAGGAUUCGAGCAGGAAGAGGACGAUGGGAACCUGGCGCAGGAGGUUCAUCAAAGAAAGCACCUCCAAUGCGCCGGCGACGCUCCUAGCAGUGUUCACGAUAGCGCCGUGGACGUCGAAGGCGGCGACAAUGGCGACAGUUCAGAGGAAGAGUGA